CGGGCGUUGACUUAAUGGCCAAAGAAGGGCAGUUUCAAUACGUGUGCACGGCUUUUUCUUAUAGGUAUUUAGCGUCGGAGACGACUUUCGACGAGUCUUUAAAUUCUUAUCUUCGAAUCUAAACGAAGAAAAACAUUACAGGUAGAAGCAACAAUGGGACAAAAACUCGGCGUUGACUCUAGACAAAAAAUCAGACAAGUUCUCGGUUCCUCAUCCAAGGUGCAAAAACACGACGUGGAAUCUAUCGGUGGAGGCGGGGGAGAGAUCGUACCCGGUCAUUCGCCGUUUGAUGACUUGCCGGAGGAUUGCAUCUCCAACAUAAUCUCUUUUACAAGUCCACGGGACGUGUGUGUCUCCGCUUCAGUUUCAAAAUCCUUCGCACAUGCGGUCCAGUGUGAUAGUAUAUGGGAGAAGUUUCUUCCGUCGGAGUAUGAAUCCCUGAUUCCUCCGUGGCGAGUUUUCUCAUCGAAGAAGGACCUCUAUUUCACUCUUUGCUACGAUCCUGUUCUAGUUGAGGAUGGCAAAAAGAGCUUUUGGUUAGAGACGGCAAGUGGGAAAAAGUGUGUACUGUUAGCUGCAAAGGAACUGUGGAUCACAGGAGGGAAUAAUCCUGAGUAUUGGCAAUGGAUUGAACUUUGUGAAUCUAGUUUUGAAAAGGUACCAGAGCUUCUCAAUAAUCGUUCUUUCCAGAUGGGUGGUAGUAUGAGUACCCAAAUCUUAUCCCUAGGAACUCAUUAUUCAGUUUACAUUGUGUACAAGAUAAAAGAUGAACGUCAUGGCUUACGAGAUUUGCCUAUACAAGUUGGUGUAGGAUUUAAAGGCCAAGAAAUGCCUAAACAAUUCAUAUGCUUUGACGAGUCUACCGAUAAAACCAAAGAGUGGCCAAAGAAGAAGCUAAUGAAAUCAAAGAAGAGGGGAGAUGGGUGGAUGGAGGCAGAGAUUGGGGAUUUCUUCAAUGAUGGAGGAUUAAUGGGUUUUGAUGAAGUUGAAGUGAGUAUUGUAGACGUUACUUCACCUAAUUUGAAGUGUGGUGUGAUGAUUGAAGGAAUUGAAUUCCGGCCAAAGGAUUGUCAGUAAAUUAAGUGUUCUCGGUUUACUAUAGUGGAAAAACGGUUUGGUGAAUUCAGGUUAUGUUUAUGUUGUCUAUUUGAAAAAAAUGAAAUAUACUUUGUGAAUCAGAAAGUGAAUCAGCUCAAGUAAAUACUAUUUAUGUCCUUUAAAACUGGACCUAAAUAUUUGCACUGAAAAGC